CACCACGGAGCCUCCAUGUUCGCCGACCUCACCCCACGUGAGUUGAAAGCCGUCCGGGACUACCUGCAUGCGCAGAGGGAGUUGGGGCUCACCUCGGCAAAGGGGACGGUCUUAAAGAAAAACAGCAUCCUGCUGAUAGAGCUGCACGUGCCGCGCAAACACGAGGCCCUCCGAGCGUUGGACCGAGGCCACGCCAAGCCUCAGAGGCAGGCACGCGUGGUGGUGCAGUUCGGGAACCAAGCCCAGCCCAACGUCACGGAGUACAUCGUCAGCCCGCUGCCCUUUCCCAAGACCUACGAGGUCAAGACGUUCAAAGGCGGUCGGCCGAUCCUCUUCGAGUCGCGGCCCAUCUCGAUGACGGAGUACCACCACCUCGUCAAGGUGCUGGAGAGAGUGGAGCAGAAGGCUCGCAGGCUGCUGCACGAGAGCACGGGGUUCGCGGGAUUCACCAACUGCGGCGACCGCUGCUUGACCUUCUCGGACAUCGCUCCCCGAGGACUGGCUCCGGGCGAGAGGCGGACGUGGAUCAUGCUGCAGAAGUUCGUGGAGGGCUACUUCAUUCAUCCGGUGGGCUUCGAGUUGCUCAUCAACCACAAGGACCUGGACCCCGAAAAGUGGACCGUGGAGAAGGUGUGGUACAACGGGCAGUACUUCGACAGCGUCGAGGAGUUGAUGGAGAAGUACGACCAGGGCACCAUCAAAAAGCACAGGCUGCCCGAACACGAUCCGUCUGACCUCUACUCGACCUUCAUCCCGCGGGGCCCCUCCAACACGCCCACACACAUCCACGGGCCCAAACUAGUGGAGCCACAGGGGCCACGCUACCACGUGGACGGCAACUUCGUGGAGUACGCCGGCUGGUCGUUUGCCUUCCGCGUGCGCUCCUCCGCAGGUCUCCAGAUCUUCGACCUGCGCUUCAACGGCGAGAGGGUGGCCUACGAGGUCAGCCUGCAGGAAGCCAUCGCCUUCUACUCGGGCGACACUCCCGCCGCCAUGCAGACCAAGUACAUCGACGCCGGGUGGGCCAUGGGCACGUCCGACUACGAGCUGGCCCCUGGCAUAGACUGCCCCGAGAUUGCCACUUUCCGGGAUAUGUACCACUACUACGACACAGACAAGCCGGUGCGCUACCGCAAUGCCCUGUGCAUCUUCGAAAUGACCACGGCUAUGCCCCUGAGGAGACACUUCAACGCGGACUUCAAGGGAGGGUACAAUUUCUUCGCCGGCCUGGAGAACCAUGUCCUAGUGCUUAGAACUACCUCGACUGUUUACAAUUAUGACUACAUCUGGGACUUCCACUUCUACCAGAACGGAGUGAUGGAAGCCAGGGUCAGUGCCACCGGGUACAUCCACGCCACCUUUUUCACGCCCAACGGGCUCAACUACGGCACCAAGGUCUACAGCUAUGUGCUAGGCAACCUGCACACCCACCUCAUCCACUACAAAGUAGACCUGGAUGUUGCUGGGCGGGAAAACAGCUUUGAGUCCAUGGAGUUGAAGUUUGUUAACGUGUCGAAUCCCUGGAGUCCUGGACACACCAUACAGCAGUCCCUCCUCGCCAAGACGCAACACGAGACGGAGCGAAGUGCAGCAUUCCGCUUUGGGAAGAAGUUCCCCCGCUACCUGCACUUCUACAACCCUACCCAGGAGAACCGUUGGGGACACAAAAAGGGCUACCGCAUCCAGUUCAACUCCCACGCCCACAGUGUGCUGCCCAAGGGCUGGCAGGAGGAGAAUGGUAUCAGCUGGGCAAGAUAUCCUCUGGCAGUGACCCGGCACAAGGACAGUGAGGCUACCAGCAGUAGCAUGUACACCCAGAACAACCCGUGGGAGCCUCUCGUGUCUUUUGAGGACUACAUCCGCAAUAAUGAAAACAUCACCCAACAAGAUCUUGUUGCCUGGGUGACCGUAGGUUUCCUGCACGUCCCUCAUUCAGAAGACAUUCCAAACACGGCAACGCCCGGCAACGCUGUGGGCUUCUUCCUGCGGCCCUUCAACUUCUUCGACGAGGACCCAUCACUCUCGUCUCACAGCACGAUAAUAGUCCGGCCCGGGAAAGAGGGCAAGCCAAAGAUCCAGAGAUGGACUCCAGAGGUAAUCGGACACUGCGUGACUGAUGAGGCGUUCACUUACAACGGUACUUAUGCAGGGGUGUGAUCUGCAUCUGCACAUUAUCUAUGACACUAGAUAUAGAGGACAAUAUUUGUGAUUUUGUAAGUGUGUGCGUUGAACAUUUCUGUAUGAAAUUUUCCAUGACGUUAAAUGAUUAUCUACACAUGCAGAUACAACAAUACACCCUCUCUCUCUCUCUCUCUCUUUCU